GACAGAAACAAUUUUAUCCUUUAAAUAAACAACAGCAAGUAAGAAGCAUAAAUAGGUCUACAGAUUGAUUGUUUUCUUCUCUUCAUUCCCGGAUUGUAGCUGUCCCCCUGAGAUACUUUCUUGUUGGUUCUUUGUGGGUAUAGCUCAAACUUCAAAGAUUGUUUUUUUUUUUUUUUUUGGGGAAGAAACAACAAGAGCAACAACUAGCUUGAAGAUAGAGAUUCUUGAAGAUGGCCUCGUCUUCCUCAUCCACACUGUUUUUUGGAACCAGAGAAGAGAAUCAAAGCCAGACAGCACAACAACCUUCUUCUACAAUCACUUCCUCAACUACUCCAACCACAGCUCCUCAAAAGAAAAGGAGAAACCAACCUGGAAAUCCAAAUCCAGAUGCGGAGGUAAUAGCACUAUCUCCCAAGACCUUAAUGGCAACAAAUAGGUUCAUAUGUGAGGUAUGUAACAAAGGGUUCCAAAGGGAGCAAAACUUACAGCUUCACAGAAGAGGGCACAACCUGCCAUGGAAGCUAAAGCAAAAGACUAACAAAGAACCGAAACGGAAGGUGUAUCUGUGCCCCGAGCCGACAUGCGUUCACCAUGACCCUUCACGAGCUCUCGGCGACCUCACCGGCAUUAAAAAGCACUACUCUCGAAAGCACGGGGAGAAGAAGUGGAAGUGUGAGAAGUGUUCAAAGAGGUAUGCCGUGCAGUCGGACUGGAAGGCUCAUUCCAAGACCUGUGGCACUAGAGAAUACAGAUGUGACUGUGGCACUCUUUUCUCUAGGCGAGACAGUUUUAUCACUCACAGGGCCUUUUGUGAUGCACUGGCUCAGGAGAGUGCUAGGCAUCCUACCAACUUAAACACAAUGGGGAGUCAUCUUUUUGGAAGCAACCACAUGAGCCUAGGCCUAUCACAGCUUGGUUCUCAGAUUCCCCCACUGCAAAAUCAGAACCCUCCAUCUAAUAAUAUGUUACGACUAGGCAGUGCCGGUGGGGCAAAGUUUGAGCACCUAAUUUCUCCAUCAAAUCCUUCUUCAUUUGGCCAGCCUCCACAAUCAAUGCAUUCAUCUUCCUUAUUCAUUCAAGACGCAAACCAAGGCUUUCCAAACAAGCCACAGUUGCAUGGACUCAUGCAACUUCCUGAUCUUCAAAGCAAUAGUAACAAUUCGUCACCAGCUGCUAGUCUCUUUAACCUUAGCUUCUUUCCUAAUAAUAACAGUUCCCCGGGUGGUAUAAGCAGUGGAGACAAUGUCAAUAUCUCUAGCACCAAUUUAUCAUCUUCGGGCUUAUUAAUGCAAGACCAGCUCAACAAUAGCAAUGGUGGCAGCCAAGGGACAACGCUAUUCUCUACUAACAUGGGUGAUCAUGUUGGCUCUGGUGUCUCUUCUCUCUACAGCAAUUCUUUGCCUCCUGAAAACAUAACUUCUCAUAUGUCUGCCACUGCAUUGCUUCAAAAAGCCGCUCAAAUGGGAUCAACUACAAGCAGCAACAAUAGUUCUUCUAUGUUUAGAGGCUUGGCUAGUUCUAAAUCCGAGAAGCAAAAUGUGUUGGCCAACUUUGGUGUUAGUUUUGGCAAUGAUAAUGGAGGAGAGAGCCUAAGAUCACAUAUAGAAAGUGGAAACCAUCUUCAAGGGUUAAUGAAUUCUCUUGCUAAUGCAAGCUCUUCCAUGUUUGGACGUGGACAAGACAACAACUUUGGUGGGUUCAAUGGCAGUGGGGUCACGUUGGACCAGCACCAUAGUAACACGAAUUUCAGCACUGUGGAUGAGGCCAAGUUACAUCAAAAUCUGGCUGUGAACUUUGGAGGGUCUGACAAGUUGACAUUGGAUUUUUUGGGCGUGGGAGGAAUGGUAAGGAACAUGGGUGGAGGGUAUUCACAAAGAGAACAACAUGCUAUCAAUAUGAGUUCUUUGGAACCCGAAUUAAAGACAGCCCAGCAGGCAAGUCAAGCAUUUGGAAGCACAACAAUGCAAUGAACUUAUUAUAUCCAAUAGAAAUAAAACAAGUAUUCCAUUCUAGUUAGGUUUUGCAUGUUCGUUAAAUAUGUAUGAACAAAAAUAUAACCCUUUUUUUUACCCCUAUAGGGUUUCAUUCCAAAUUAUGCAUGCCUAAUUUCUUUGCUA